AUGACUAGAAGUAAAGUGAAGCUUGCUUUUAUUGAAAAUAUCAAUAAGAGAAAAGCCUCAUACAACAAAAGAAUGAAAGGGUUCUUGAAAAAGGUACAUGAACUGAGCAUUCUUUGUGAAGUUGAAAUAGUUGUCGUCAUCUAUAGUACUUACCACCAGGAACCUAAGGUGUUUCCAAGUCAUGAUGUUGCUAUCAACACAUGUACAAAGUUUAGGGAGUUUUCAUAUUUUGAGCAAUCAAAAAACAUGAUGACACAAGAAAAGUUCACCAAGCAAAGGAUAGAGAAAAUGGAGGAACAACUGCAGAAAGUAAAGAAGAAAAAUAGGGUUAGUGAGCUCACAAACAAGAUGCAUGAACUUUUGAAUGGAGGAGAUAUUCAUGUUGGUAUGAAUUUUUCCGAACUCAAUGAUCUAAGUUAUGUGAUCAACCAAAAUCUUAAAAAUAUACGUGAAGCACUCAAAGCAACAUCUGUUCCAUUACUUUCUGAAGUGAACCCUUCAAUGAAUAUUUCUCCAAUAGGUGCAUCAGCUCCAAUGGAUAACCACCAGCACUAUUCAGUUGUCUCUCCACAAAGUCCUGCAUUUUCUGAGUUGUUGGAUUGGAUACUUGAUGAUCUAUCUUUCGACAAUAUUACUGUUCAAGAUCCAAACCAGAACAACAACAAUAUCUAA